UUGUUUCCUCUAUGCACUGAGCCGUUCUGUGACUUUAGAUAACUUGUGUAGGUAGGACUUGUCCCAGCUGAAGUGUUUACGUGUUAAAUAUAAAAAAUUGUUUCACGUACUCCUUUAGAUGAUGGCUCUCAAAUUACUAUUAGGUGUAAUAUUACUAUCGGUGAAUUGUUCAGCAUUAUAUGGCUCUAGCUCAGACGUUAUUGAAUUAACUGAAUCAAAUUUUGAUAAACUGGUAACUAAAGGAGAUGAAAUUUGGAUUGUUGAGUUUUUUGCACCUUGGUGUGGCCACUGUCAAUCAUUCGCCCCAGAAUAUAAAAAAGCUGCUAGUCGGUUGAAGGGUAUAGUAAAAGUAGGUGCCGUGAACGCUGAUGAGCACAACAGCCUAGCAGGUAGAUUUAGCGUACAGGGAUUUCCAACAGUAAAAAUAUUCAGCUCUAAUAAGUAUAGUCCAGAGGACUAUAAUGGCCAACGAACUGCUCAAGGAUUAAUUGAUGCUGCAUUAGCUGCUAUCAAAGCUAAAGUGAAGGGUGGAUCUUCUGGUACGAAUAAGGAAUCAAAGUCAGAUGAUGUGGUGGAACUUACAGACAGCAACUUCGAUAAGUUGGUACUUCAGUCUGAUGAUAUGUGGCUUGUUGAAUUCUUUGCCCCAUGGUGUGGUCAUUGUAAAAAUUUGGCACCUCAUUGGGCUAAGGCAGCUACAGAAUUGAAAGGUAAGGUUAAGUUGGGAGCCCUUGAUGCCACAGUCCACCAAGCUAAAGCUGCUCAGUAUGGAAUAAAAGGAUAUCCUACCAUCAAGUUCUUCAAUUCUGGAAAGAAAUCUGCUAGUUCAGUGGAAGAAUACGAUGGAGGUAGAACAUCUAGUGAUAUCAUCGCUUGGGCUAUAGAUAAACUAGCUCAAAAUGUUCCUCCACCAGAAGUCGUACAAAUUGUGGAUGAGAAAACCUUCAAAGAAAACUGUGAUAAACCUCUUUGUAUUAUUUCUGUCCUUCCACACAUCUUAGAUUGCCAGUCUGAAUGCAGAAACCAAUAUCUUCAAACAUUGACCAAAAUUGGAGAGAAGUUCAAACAGAAGAUGUGGGGAUGGUUGUGGACUGAAGCAGGUUCUCAGACAGAACUUGAAAGUGCUCUAGAUAUUGGCGGAUUUGGAUAUCCAGCUAUGGCAGUCAUGAACUCUAAAAAGUUGAUAUAUUCCAUCUUGAGGGGAUCUUUCUCAGAAACUGGAAUCAAUGAGUUCCUUAGGGAUCUCUCCUACGGAAGAGGAAAUACAGCUUCAAUUAGGGGUGGAAAAUUGCCCAAAAUAUUGAAUACAACUCCUUGGGACGGUAAAGAUGGUGAAUUGCCCCCUGAAGAGGAUAUUGAUCUCUCUGAUGUUGAUCUCAAUGAUAAGGAAGAAUUGUAAGACUUGAAAUUUCCCAGUACAUGUAUUUUUACUUUCUGUUGCUCCUUAAAAACGUUUCUAUUUAAUGUAAGUU